UUAGUCACAUUUUCAGUUAUUUUAACUUGUCAAAGACGAAUAGAAUAACAGGCCAGGCUAACUUGUUCAUUCGCUGAACCAAACAUUGACGGUCCGUUUAUAUAGGACCUAGGGGUAUUAUUAUAUGUAUUUGGUUACAUCACCGUAAACGCAUGCGUAAACUUCGGUAGUGAUAAAUGUUCAUGCGCACAAUUACCAUAGCUAAGAAUUGGCCGAGUAGUAUAAGUAGCAUUUUUUACACUUGGUUAAUUGGAAAAAUGCAUCGCUUGUCAAUAGAAUGUAUACCAAACGAGAUAUUCGAGAAAAUCAUAGCGUAUCUAAAUAUUGAAGACAGAAAAGUUGCGGCUCUUGUCAGUAAACGGUGGGAAAAAUUUGCCUUUUCUCGUAUUGCACUAACAGAUAUUUCGUUGGAAAUUAAUUGUUCCAAACAUAGUGCCAGGGAUUACUGGAGUGUUCUGGAAAAAAGCUGUCGUGGCUAUAAAAAUAUUGUACUGAAAUUUUCGGAGGAUGUUGAAAAAUACUUACUUAAGAUAUUGGAUAAAUUUCAGAGUAGCUUAGAGCAUAUUACAAUUGAACAAGACGUCGAUGCUCGUAUUUUACGAACGGAAAUUUCUCCAGAUUAUUUUAUACAGCUCAUGAACAAAUUGUUUAACGUAAAGUAUCUUCUCAUCAAAACAAAACUGGAGAUAACUGACGAAGUCGUGGAGAAUGUAAAAAUUCCUUUAUUAUUAAAAUUGGAAACAAUUAGUUUUUAUACGCAUGGAUUGGAGAAAGAUUGGAUUGAUUGGCCUAACAUAGCACCUAAUUUAAAAAAUAUCGGUUUUCCACUAGAAGAUGGUCAAACAGGGUUUCCUAGUGUAAUAGAUCACUUUAUGAAACAAAUUUUACAUCUCAGUAUUGACGCGCGUUUCAUAGAACGUGAUCAAUUAAAAUUUUGCCUACAUAGUUUCCCACUUUUGCACAAACUGCGAGUUCUAUUUCCCAUCAACAAUCUACCGGCAAGAAAACAUGUUAUUCGUUUCAUUCAAAGUUGCUCUUUUUUAACUGAGAUAAGUUUAUUUGAUAAUUUUAUCUGUCGUGAAACUCUUCAAGUCAUAGCAAAACAUUGUACUCAGAUGAGAAUCAUCAGUCUAGAUGCAAACCAAGUUCCUACAGAAAUAUUCGCCAUUCUAUCUCAACUUACUUGCUUGAAGCAGUUGAUACUGCAAAAGAUGACUGUUGAUUCGACUAUGAUUAUUAUGUCAGGAUACUUCACAACUUUAGAGCAACUAACCUGCCUAUCAGUACGAUUUGACAAUCCAGAUGCUUUUUUUGAAAAUCUUCACAAACGAAGGCCUCGAUUAUUUGUGCUAGAGCUGUUGGAUCGCUUCCGCUUUGGAAUUAAUAACUUCAAUCAAAAUGGUGUCGUACAGGCAGUGUGCAAAAAUUUAAUCAAUCUCAGGCAACUAUCAGUUGUAGAUUGGGCAAUACUAGAUACUUCCAUUUUUAAUUGGCUCAGCAAACUAGAUAAACUUGUUGAAUUGAGACUAAAAUGUAUCGGAAUUAAUGCCAAUAAAAGCAUCAUGGCAUGUACAACGAUUAAAAAAGUAAUAUUGGAUGCAGAUUCGUUGAAACCUACUGAUGUUAUACCUCCUGUCAAUAAUCUCCAACUAGAGGAAGUAAUUUCAAAAGGAUUCCCUUGUUUAAAAUCGCUGGAACUCCGUAAAGCAUUUUUAGACAAAACAAUGUUUUCCGAACUUCAAGUGGAAAAACUUCGAAAAUCAAUUCCCAGUUGCAUAUUCUAUCGAAAAAAUAGAUUAAGGAUAUCUAACACAGACUACGCUGCGCUUAUGUAGCACUAUAAUGAAAAAUAAAAUUAGUU